CCUGCCAGAGAGGCCAGAGAGGAGUGUGGGGAAGCUCUCCACCUCUCUUCGUUACCUCUUCAUUAGGUGAACCACUCAGACACCAACUCCUGCUAUCUCCCAGGCAGUACCCGAGAGAUUCGUUUAAAGAGAUGGUUGUUGCACCCAGGGCCCUGGUGCUUCUCUUGCCCCUGGCACUCACCCUGUUAAGCCUGUUGCCUGCACCCACCUUGGGAGGAUGCCCGUCUGCUUGCCGGUGCUCUUUUGCCAUGCUGCAGUGCCUAGAGCCCAAUGGGAUAAGCACCAUCCCGCCACUGGCACUUCAAGAGAGUGAGAAUGUGACAGAAAUCUACAUUGAAAACCAAGCAGGUCUGGAGAUUAUAACUGAGAUUGACCUUGCUAGCUACAGAGAGCUGAAAAAUCUCACCAUCACAUCAUGCAAACUAAGGGUAAUUUCUGCAAACGCUUUUCAAAACAACCUCAAGCUGCAGUACGUGAACCUGGCGUCAAACUCUCUGGAACACAUCAGCUGGAGAGUGUUUCAUUUUCUGCCUCUGCUCAACCUGAUUUUAAGGGAAAACCCUCUCAUCUGCUCGUGUGACCUCUUCUGGCUGCAGCAGUGGCAGUACGACGAUCGUGGAGACAUCUACAGUCAAAUGUUGUUUUGCUUGUCCGAUGAUGAGGAAAUACCCCUCAGCUCGUUGGUGAUCAGUAACUGCAGUUUGCCCAGGGUGACCAUUGUCUCAUCUCAACUGAAGACCCAAGAAGGAGGAAACCUCACAUUUGAAUGUCAUGUGACAGGAAGUCCCACCCCCAAUGUGACAUGGCAAACUGAAAAACUUGCCUCUAACUUUGCUACCGAGGAGAGAAUCAUGGGCUCCACGUUAAAUCUCGUUCUUCAGCUCACCAAUGUCUCCUCCAAGGACAACUUGCACAACCUGACGUGUGAGGCUGAGAACCAAGCUGGGCCCAACGAGGGGAUGGUGCAAUUGGACAUUGAGUUUCCAGCUAAAAUCAUCUUCCUGAAAGAUGCUGUGCCGCAGCACAACUGGUGCUUCCCGUUCGCUGUGGAUGGCAAUCCUGAGGCAAAGAUCACCUGGCUGUACAAUGGCGUUCUAUUCAAAGAAAGCAUGUAUGUAUACAUGCAGUUAAUCCCAGAUUCCAGUGAUGGGUCAGUAAAGCACGGCUGCCUCUUCCUCAACAAGCCGACUCACAUCAACAAUGGAAACUAUACUCUGAUUGUUGAGAACAAACUCGGAACGGACAAGGCCACAGCUAUUGGGAUGUUUAUGGAUAAUCCUUUUGAUCCGUUGGAUCCUGAGGGGAUAAUUCCAGUCCCUGUUGGGGAUCCAAGUCUUACAAACACACCGGAUAUGGACGUCACAGAGAAUCCGGAGAGUUGGGUGUUUGUGGUGUCUGUUGCUGUGGGUCUCGCAGUGUUUGCCUGCACCUUUCUGCUCAUCAUGGUUCUGCUCAUUAACAAGUGUGGUCAGCCACCCAAGUUUGGUAUUCACCGCUCAUCAGUUCUUGGUACCGAGGAUGACCUGGCAGUCUCACUUCGCUUCAUGAACUUUGGAACCAGCCCGCCUUCUUCAGAUGAAGAUUCUGGUUUAUCAAGUUUUGUGGAAAAUCCGCAGUACUUCUGUGGCAUCAUCAAGGACAAAGAUAUGUGUGUGCAGCACAUUAAGCGGAAGGACAUUGUGUUGAAGUGGGAGCUAGGUGAGGGAGCGUUCGGCAAAGUCUACCUGGCAGAGUGCGCAAAUCUCAGCCCCGACAGCGACAAGAUGCUGGUUGCCAUUAAGACUCUGAAGGAUGCAAACGAGUCGACCCGGCAGGACUUCCAGCGGGAGGCAGAGCUGCUGACGGUCCUUCAGCAUCAACACAUUGUGAGAUUCUACGGCGUGUGCACAGACGGAGAACCACUGGCCAUGGUGUUUGAGUACAUGAGACAUGGAGACCUCAACCGCUUCCUUCGAGCUCAUGGGCCUGACGCUCGUAUGCUGGAAGAUAUCAAGAUGCCCCCUUUGGGCCAGCUUACUCUGCCCCAGAUGCUGCACAUCGCCGCCCAGAUCGCUUCGGGGAUGGUUUACCUGGCGUCGCUGCACUUCGUCCAUCGUGACCUGGCAACACGCAACUGUCUGGUGGGAGAAGGUCAUGUGGUGAAAAUCGGAGACUUUGGUAUGUCUCGAGAUAUCUACAGUACAGAUUACUACCGGGUUGGUGGUCGGACAAUGCUGCCGAUCCGCUGGAUGCCCCCGGAGAGCAUUAUGUACAGGAAGUUCACAACAGAAAGCGACAUCUGGAGCUUUGGCGUCGUUCUUUGGGAAAUCUUCACGUAUGGCAAACAGCCCUGGUAUCAGCUGUCCAACAGUGAGGCCAUUGAAUGCAUCACUCAGGGACGGGAGCUGGAGAGGCCUCGAACCUGCCCCAAAGAGGUGUACCUGCUGAUGCAGGGCUGCUGGCAGAGGGAGCCCCAGCAGAGGAUGGUCAUCAAGGACAUCCACAGCCGCCUGCUGGAGCUGGUUAAGAACCCGCCCGUGUACCUGGACAUCCUGGGUUAAAGGGGGCCAAAAGGCAGAAAUCGAAGACUCAAAGCGUUGGGAUUUAUGUUGGUCACAGCUUAUCUCCUUCCAUUCAAGUCGGUUUUUUUAUUUUGGAGCUAAGCUUUAUGCAACAUUUCAACUCGACUCAGAGUCCUGUUUUCUGCCCUGAGAUUGUCUGGAGAAUGUCAAAUGUUUACUAAAGUGUUUAAAGUUUAUCUGCUGUGGGUUCAGUGUGAUGGGACGUGCAUGGGUAAGUAAAAUAAUAGCUUUAUGUUGCUGCCACCUCAUUUCAGAUGAGAUUUUCUAAGAUAUUGCAGCUUACAGUUAUUUUAUGUAAAAAAACAUGCCUACAUUUUAUGGAUUUGGAUGCAGCAGGAAGGUAUUUCUAUAACACGCUGAUCUGAGGGGGGGUUUCAUUCAAGUGUAAAUACGAAAAUCCCAAUGAAAGGUUGUUUUUUAUGUGUCAGAUUGUCUGUAUCAUAUAAUUAUUUUUCAAAAAAGAAACAGAUUUGUUGAAUAUUAAGUGGAGAAAGAGUUUCCAGAUACAUUAACCCUCGUGUUUACAUUAGAUGUGGACAGAAAAACAUUUCCACAGAGCUGCGGUUAGACCUGCGAUAUGGACCCCAGAAUGGCUUUUUGUUCAAAUUAGCAACAUUUUAACAUGUGACUGCAAGAAAAAAAAAUCAAAGCACUGCCGUGAAAUCCAGUAAGGGUGCAGGAUGGUGGGGAGGUGAAAGCCAGAGAUGGUUUGAGAGGCAACAGAUGGAUUUAAGAGCGACUCCAGGAGGGGGGACAGAUGGCACUGAAAGUGAAGCUGGAGAAAAAAAGAUUAGGUGUACAAACCACUGCAACGCCUUGUGUAAAUACAUGUAUAUAUGCUGUAUUACUGUCUGAAUUAUGUACAGGAGAGAUCAGACGUUUACAUACAUUUAUAACAAACAAUGUAUUCAUAUUUUUUGGACUUUCCUGAUAUAUCUAUUUUCCAUUUAGGCUGGAAUGUCGAUACAACAAAACAUCAAAUUUACACGAGCUCAAACAUAUCAUGUAAAUUCACCUAAAGGCCAAGUACUACUCAUUUCUGGUUAUUGAUAAUGACUGACUGGAGCUGACUGUUUCUCUUUACAGAUUAAAAUGAUUUAUUUGACGGCAAUCACUGGGCUGACCAACACUCAGAACCGUUCAAGGAACCCACAGAAGCUCCAAGGAGCAGCACUGUAGAGUUCUUGGCGCAAUUUCUAAACAAGUGCAGACUUCAGGAUAAUUAGUUCCCCUAGUAUGCCCUAGUUUUAAAUCACUAAGACCUGAGAGGGUGCCGACAAGAUAGAAGCCCCCGCUUACAUAUAAACACCUUCAACAUUAUGGAAAUGAAUCUGAUGCAGUGCACAAAAUGGAUGCUACAAUGAAAGAAGACUACUACGUCCAAAUUCUCCAUCACCUCAAAUCAACAGCCUGAUUAUGGUUGGGCAGUUCAAGUCCAACCUGUUUUAGAUGUUUUCCUGCUUAAAAACACCUGAAAUAAAUAAAUGAGCUAUUUGCAGGCCACUGGAGGAUAAAGUUACAAGCCAAAUAAAUAAUUUUGUAAUUUGACACAUUUAUAACAUGCAAAAUGUCCUAAUGAACUGGAAUCGAUCCCCUCACAGCUAGAUGGUUAAAACCUGGACACAGAAUUGGAAGUUUCAACAAGAACAUUAUCCCAAAAAUACAUCAGAAGUCAUUUUAAUGGCUUCCCAAAGUCCUGACUUCAACCCUGCUGAAAAUGACUAGAAAAGCCCAAACUGAACCAACUGAUUCAAAUAAACUCCACCAGUUCUGUCAAGAAGAGUCAAAUUACCCAAAUGUAGUUGGGAUGAGUGUAUAAUUUUAGCCCACAGUAAAUUCAUUUGCUUUUGGGUCUUUUUUGCUAAAAUCAGUACAACUGAGAUUAGUUAAAAAAAGGUUCAAAUAAAGAAUGAAAUCAAAACUUUAGUGCUUGUGGUGAGUGUAGGUAAACCUCUGACUCAGACUGUACAUUUAUUGUUCCUCCGGCACUUUGUAUAUUGUCUGGCUUUAAAAAUAAAGUUCUUUGAAAAGAAAGAGUCCCUCUGCAUCAGUCAAUCCAUCAUUAAGAUACUCUCCAGAGCAAAUAAUGAUCAGUGCUGCUGUCUGUACUUAAAGUUAGACGUCUUAACAAGCUAUUCAAGAGCCUUCUGUUAUUUUGACGAACUAAUCAGCAACCUACGACGUCUCUAUGGGACGCUCAGCAGACGGUUAUUGAAAAGGAAUAAUCGUGUUUCAUGUUGCCUUACCAUCACCCCUCCAGCAAACACCCUCCAAAAAAAUAUAAAAUCCCACUCCCUCCACUUCCCUCCUUCCCCACCCUCCAUCACUCUGUAUGCAGAGCGUCUCUGGGGAGGGGUAAUGGAUUGUGAGUAAUGCUAUCAUCCCUUUCUCCCCUCCUCCCUGGUGUGCUGGUUGAUAAGGGGGGCCAUCGGUGAAAAAAAAACACUUGGAGGACUCGUGUCUGGCGUAUUGUUUCUUCUAGUGUCUUACAAGCAGAUUCAGGCCAGAUAGGAUUAGAACAGUGUGCAGCGUUUGUCUCUGGUCCCCUUAAAGGCUCCCUUUGUGGUUUCAGAAUGAACCUUUUUUAAUAAACACUCGAGGCUCCACCCUGGUUGCAUGUUGAAUAUGGAGGAUAAUAUGAGCUGGAAAUGAGGCGAUUUUUAAAAUGGAAGUCCUAUUAGAGCUUUGCAGGAGGAAACUUUUCUUUUCAGUCCUUCACCUCAUCUCAUAAUGUACACACACAAGGUAUUGAUUUCUCAUAAUAAUUUUUCCUUUUAGGAUAAUGGCAGAGCCAAUUCAUUGUGGCCUGUGUCUAGAGCUAAUAAUAAACCACUCUUUGUGCUUUGCAGGCCACCUUGUGAGGUCGCACAGUAGGAAAAGAAAGGAACCUAAUGAAUCAAAGGCAAAACAGACAAAACUACACAACUUGAUAAAGAAACGUGGACACUUUUAAAAACCCAACACUGCUUGCCUGUACAGUAUUUUAUUGGAUUCUGAUUAUAUGAAACUAUCCCUUAGGGUCAAAUAUUUGCAAUAACUUAGGAAUUAUCCCAAAGAAAAAUGAAUGUCCAAAAUUAAAAUAUAUUUAAAUAUAGAAUAUAAAUUUAAAAUAAAAUUCAUUAAAAUAAGCAUAAAAUGCAAGUAGAAAAUUAAAAUAAACUUGAAUAAAAUCUAAAUAAUCAAAAUAAAAUAACUACAAAUAAACUUCAGGGCUUAUCUACUCAAUGAUAAACCUGCUUCAACACCAAAUAUGUUGAUCCAACAUCUGAUUUUCCUGCAGAAACAUCUUCAGGAUCUCCUGAUUCCUGCACCUCAGUUCUUUCCAGGUUGGAGACAAUCUGCUUGAAGUCGCCCAUCUUAUUCUGCACUGCCCUCUGGUGGUCAAACACACAACUACUCAGGUUCAUACAUGGCUUCAUCAGGAUGAUUUACUGUUUGCGACAACGGAGUCAUGAUAGCUCUCACACUUUCUUCUCCAGAGGCCUUAAACUAUCAGAAGGAAAAUAACUUUGCACCAGCUUUCUGCGGUCCAUCUCGGUCUUUGAUGCGUUUCUUGGACCAAGUAGGAUCAAUUCUGCCCUUCCUUUCCAAAAGCCUUUUCCACAGCAUGAAUACAGACACACACAUGCGCCUGCUGCCAGUGCUCAAAUAGCUCUGCACUGGUGGCAACAUUAUUUUUCUGCUCAGUCUGCAGCUGCAUUUAUAAGGACUAAUUGGUCUAAAAAUGCAGGACACCAGUUUGUUUUAAUGUCUAUAAAAUAAUUCCAGUGACAGUAGCUAAUUUUAUAAAAGCCUUAAUUUAUUAUUCAUGUCUAGUAUAACAAAGAAGCAAAUUAUAUAUGAUACACAACAAAUGUAAAUAAGAAUUUAUACCAUUUAAGAGCCCUCUGAUUUUCUUUUAAAAACAGUUGUGUAAAACUUUAUUUUAUUUUUUUUAAAAAGGCACCAAUAGUUUGUCCUUCCACUAACCUCCAACAUCAUCAUCCUACUGACCUCAUCUUUUGUUACAUAUGAUCAAAAGAAUCCUUUGAUACGCUGUAUAUAAAAA